AACGAGUUGAUCCCCGUCAUGAACAAACUACAGGAGGCGUUCGCACCACUGGACAUCCCUCCUGUAGACCUCCCUCAGAUCGCUGUGGUCGGCAGUCAGAGCAGCGGGAAGAGUAGUGUGCUGGAGAGCUUGGUGGGGUAUGACUUCCUUCCGAGAGGAAGCGGCAUCUGUACCAGAAGGCCUCUGAUACUGCAGCUGUUGCAAGAAGAUAUCUCGCAGGACUACGCAGAGUUCGCGCACAUCAACAAAAAGUUCACGAGCUUCGACGAGGUGAGGAGGACGAUCGAGGUGGAGACGGACAAGAUAGCUGGUACGAACAAGUCAGUCUCCAAGGAACCCAUCAUCCUCCGCGUGCAUAGCAAGAGCGUCCUCAACCUGACGCUCGUCGACCUCCCCGGCCUGACCAAGGUUCCCGUUGGGGACCAGCCUCACAACAUCUCCGAGAUGAUCAGCACGAUGGUGCGAGAGUUCAUAGAGAAGCCCAACUGCAUUAUCCUCGCCGUCUCUGCCGCCAACCAGGACAUCGCCAACUCCGACGGGCUGCAGAUGGCGAGGAUGGUGGACCCCGACGGGAGCAGGACGGUGGGCGUGCUGACCAAGUUGGACCUCAUGGAUCAAGGGACGGACGCGCGGGACGUGCUGGAGGGGAAGGUGUACCCCCUCAAGCACGGGUACAUAGGGGUGGUGAACCGAAGCCAGAGGGAUAUCGACACAUCGAAGCCUAUGAGAGAUGCGCUGAAAGCGGAAUCUCUCUUCUUCCAGAAGCAUCAUGCAUAUGCCGCGAUAUCCAGUGAACAAGGAAUUCCCUACUUGUCAAGAAGGCUCAACAACAUCCUUGAGAACCACAUCAGGUUGCACAUGCCGGAGAUCUCAAAGAAGGUC